AUGUACACCAUCAGAUUCACAGGUUACCGAACUGUAUGCAAUGCUCCAAUAUCAGAUUUCCGUCAGCCCUGCACUGGCUGUACAAUGGGCUAUAACGCACACAGCCCAUUAGCUUCUACACCUCCUGCUGUUCUAUCCACCAUGUCCAGACCCCCAUCUGCCAGUACUCCAAAUUCUCAUAGCACUUCUGCAUUUUAUCAGCCUCCAUCUGCAUCUUCACAGCCACAUAGAGCCCUUCUGUUAAGACCAUGCACAAAGGGUAGGACUGGUUCUGAAGGGCUUGGCUUCAGCUCAUGCACUGCGCCCCUUACCCGAAUGACAUCCGGAGGAAGUCCAAGGAAGUCUGUAGGACUUCUGAAGGAGCGCGGGAAAGUCCGGAAGGACUAUCCGGAUCCGGAUGAGUGUGAGAAACUUCCGGAGGGGUGCGGGAAAGUUCCGGAGGAACUUCCGGAAAUUACUAUGAGGUUUCGUCCUGAAUGGAUACAGAGGAAAGGCUGCAGGGACAAAGUCCGAAGCAGAAUAGGUCCGGAGGACCACGGGAAAGUUCCGGAGGAACUUCCGGAAACUCGGAGGAGUGUAGGAUCAGAGGAUCGGAGGAGCGGAGGAGCAGAGGAGCAGAGGAGCAGAGGAGCAGAGGAGCAGAGGAGCAGAGGAGCAGAGGAGCAGAGCUCCGGCCUAGGGAAUUCCUCCCUAGGCCUGAGACGGAUAUUGACUAAGUCGGAGGACUAG